AAAACAGUAGGUACGGUACUGAACUGAGGUUGAAAUCGAAAUAUUUAUUUAAAAGCAAUUUAACUUAUUAAUUAUUCUAUUAUGUGAGACUAAAGUGUUACUAAAAUGUGUGACGAAACUAACCAAGAGCGUCAAGACAGCGAGCUAGUCGCGUUACAGUCAAUCUAUGAGGAAGCAGUGGUAGAUAACCGAAGAAAGCCAGUGUGGAAUGAGUGGAGACCUCUGAAUGUUCUAUUAACCUUGCAGCCUUCUAAUACUAGUGCAGGAAUCCAUUGUGGGGCUACCUUGCAAUUUGAGUGCUGUCAUAACUAUCCAGAUAAACCUCCAAAUAUACUAAUAAACAAAAGUUUUGGACUCUCAGAUGACAACACACAGAAACUUUUAAAAGAAUUGCAAAAAUUAGCUGACCAGUUGUGCGGUGAAGUUAUGAUAUUUCAGCUAGCCCAACACACUGAACAAUUUUUGGAUAGCCACAAUAAACCAAUAUUAUCUUUUUAUGAAGAAAUGGUUAGAGAGAAAGAUGAAAUGGAAAAAUUGAAACAACAUGACAUCCAAGUGAAGGAAAAUGAGGAGCUCCAAAAAAUGAAAGAUGAGAUUCAACGUUGCCAAAAUGCGAUGCGUGGUAGUGUAGACAGUUCAUGCAGUUCAGACAUGAAUAGUGAACAUAGGAAUGGUGAGGGUGAUGCACCCAAACUGUUAUAUUACGCCGAUGAUAGAAUGUUGCCAACAAAAAAGAUCUCCAAAAAGAGCACUGGUACAGUUCCUUGUACAUGCAACAUUAAAGGGGCAAAGGUGUUGCGCUACACACAGAAGAAUAACAAGAAAGUCUACAUUGGGAACUGCAUAGGACACUCAUCAAACGGCUCCACAACAUUCCUAGCGAUAGACGACGACGGAGAAAGAAUUAUUGCCAAAAAGUGGUACCUCACUAUCGCGUCAGACUUUCAAACUCGAAAUCGACAGCUAACCGCCCUCCAACAAGAUCUGAAAUCCAUGUGUCGAUUAAAACACGCAUCCCUAGUGCCAUACGUUGCCAUGGAAACGUAUACGGAAUCAAAACGGACGGGUCGACAAAAUGUGUACAUUUUCCGAGACUUUAUAUUAGGGACAUCCCUAAAGUAUUUACAAGAGAAAUCGAACUUUGGGGACAAGUUAGAAAGGUUGAAAUUAGUUCGGCAUGUAGGGUUAGGUGUUUUUAGUGCGUUGAAGGAAUUGCAUAGUGUUAAUGUGUUGCAUAGGGAUGUUAGGAGUGAGACAGUGUUUUUGGAAGACAGUGGCAAAGUUAAAUUGGUCGGUGCAGCCCUGGAUGUCAGAUUGGCAGAGAUGAUGGAGGAAGAAAAUUAUUGUGAUCGACAGACAAAAGCGCAUGACAUCUACGCAGCGGCCCAGCUUUUACUCUCGAUUCUUACGGAGGAAUCGGGGUAUGAAAUACCGCCUGAUUUGCCUGGCUCAGCUAAAGACUUCUUCUCAAGGUGUUUAACAGAAGACGAACAUUACCAAUGGUCGGCAGACCAGUUAGUCGAACACGGGUUUUUACUAGACGCUUCUCCGACAGAUUUACCUAAUGGUAAAGAAAAAGUGGAUCCUGACACUGAAUCUGAGGAUGAAGAUGGUUCAAAGAAGAUACGCGAUUUCAGCGCGUUAGUCAACGGCCAUUCACGCCUUAAUAUCGAAUUCGAAGUCCUAAAUUGGAUCGGAAAAGGUGCUUUUGGUGAUGUCUUGAAGGUGAAGAACAAACUCGACGGCGGUUUCUACGCGAUCAAGCACAUCAAACUGAACCCUAAAAGUGUGGAACUGAAUAAGAAAAUCACACGAGAGGUCAAACUCUUGUCGCGUUUGAACCAUGAGAAUGUGGUGAGGUACUACAAUGCUUGGAUUGAGACGAUAACGGAGACUGAGGAAGGAGGGGAGGUGAAAGAAAGCAGUGUUGUUAACGCCCCGGUAAAGAAUAAAGGGGACAGUUUACUUGAGGUCGUUGCAAAGCUUGGGCAAGAUGUUAAGUUGAACCUAACAUGGUCAAUGUCAGGCGGUCCGGUGCAAGUGAGAGAUGAAUCAUCCGACACUGAAGAGGAUUCUGACGAUGACGAUGAACCCUGGUUCAAUAUGAUGAAGCAAGAAGAAGAAUCAAGCAGUGAAAUAGAAUUCGAAAUUAACUCACAACAUUCGGAAACCUUACCAUCUGAAGAGACCACGAUACAAUCGCCAAUGUCGAAACAAGUUCUGUACAUACAAAUGGAGUUUUGUGAGAAGAACACUUUGAGGCAAGCUAUCGAUAAUGGGUUGUAUCAGGAAAAUGUUAGAGCUUGGAGGCUUUUUAGGGAGAUUUUGGAAGGGUUAGCCCAUGUGCACCAAAAAGGUAUGAUCCAUAGAGAUUUGAAGCCGGUCAACAUAUUUUUGGAUUCAAACGACCACGUCAAGAUAGGUGACUUUGGUCUUGCUACCAAAGUAUUCAGUGAUCUUCAAGUUGAAGAUAUUCAAUCACAGGAAGAUGGCGACGGGCUUUUAACGGGAAAGGUUGGCACAACCCUAUACGUUGCACCAGAACUCCAACAAUCUGCCAUCAAAGGGAUAUACAACCAAAAAGUCGACAUCUACUCUCUAGGCAUCAUUUUGUUCGAGAUGUUUCAUUCUCCAUUUGACACUGGCACCGAAAGAAUUUCUGUGCUUACUAAUUUGAGGAAGAAAGAGAUUGUGAUACCAAAGGAUUUUCAGAGGGAAGAGAAUUCCAAACAAAUACACGUUAUCAGAUGGCUAUUAGACCAUGAUCCAAGUUUACGCCCAACAAGCGCAGAACUUUUGGCAUCAAAACAUGUACCUCGAGCAGUCCCAGAGGGCACGUUUUCUGGGGUCUUAUCUCACACUCUUAGCGAGCGAGGGUCCAGGAAUUACCAGCGGCUGGUCACAGCAUGUUUAGAGCAGAAGCCGUCCCCUGCUGAGGAUUUCCUGUACCAUAGCGGUAUGAAGACCAAACCUAUGGACGUCCUCGCUGCUUUAAAAGAUGUGGUUAUUAAGGUAUUCCAAAGUCACGGAGCAACAGAGUUCACCCCACCACUAAUGAUUCCGCGCACCAAACGAUGGGAUCAAUACCCCAAUGCGGUUAGAGUUAUGACGUCAACUGGUUCAGUGUGCCAUCUACCCCAUGACCUAAGGUUACCAUUUGCGAGACACAUUGCGUAUUCGGGGACCAAAUACAUGCGUCGCUAUUUAGUCGAUCGUGUGUACAGAGAAACGUUGAAACGCUUCCAUCCGCGGGAAAUGAUCGAAUGUGCGUUCGAUAUCGUAACACCAAAGACAGAAACCCUCUGGCCCGACGCUGAGCUCCUGGUAGUCGCGAGCCGAGCGGCCAUGGAGAGUUCCCUCAAAGUGAUGAUACAGCUAAAUCAUACGGAUCUCCUGAAAACACUGCUCCUGUCCUGUGGGGUCCCUCAAGACAAACACGCUGUUAUAUACCCUGUUCUAGUGGAUGUUAGCUUAGGUCGGAUAACAAGUCUACAACUACAAACUCACCUCACAACACUAUGCGUUACGAAUAAAGACAUAACUAACAUGCUGCGUUUGAUGGAAGCUGACGUGCCUAUCAAGCAAGUGCGGGAGUUAGUGGGUUCAAUGGGUAGGAACAAGUGGGGAUCUACACUAGAACGCGCGAUUAGACAGUUGGAGGCUGUAUGCAGCCAUGCCGUGGCCUUGGGGUGUGAUGUGCCAAUUACGGUGGCUCCCUUUUUCGCGUACAACGCAACGCAACACUGCGGAGUGUUCUGGCAAAUAUCCGUAGUGAGACACGAACAUCGGCCCACCACUAAGCAUCGCUCCAGGGACCUGAUCGCAGCUGGUGGCAGGUAUGACAACUUAGUGGAAGAGUUCUGGAAAGUCGCCCGAGUAGAAAAGGACCACAAUAAUGGAGAAUUAAAAUGCACGUCUGUCGGUUUCUCCAUGUCUCUCGAGAGGAUGGCUGCCAUCUUGAAAAACAUGGAGAUCGAAAUACCACCUGUUAUUAAAAAUAGUGAGAGCAACACAAUCUGCGUUUGCGUAUGCAACGGCAGCAAAGCCGUUCGCGACGGUUCGGAAGUGAAACGCGCGCGGAUCGCUCGCGAACUCUGGGCCAGUGGGCAUUCAGCUUUAUGUUGGUCUGCCAACCCGUCGGAUGCACAUGAUCUGACGAAGUCUCCUAUGGUCCUGGUGCAUGACAGCCUUUAUGUGCUUGUGUCUUGCUGGGAGGGGAAUAGAGUGCGCGAAUUCAAAGUGUAUGCAACAGAAGUGAUUGAGUUCAUAAAACAGAAAAUGAGCCCUGAUAUCAUUAGGAACCCGGAGUGUGGCACUCGAACCACGAGUUGGCCCGAGGGUGAGAAGUCGAACAGUCCGACCAUAGCAGUCACCUUCAUCACCGCGAGCGAAAGGAUCACCAAAAGCAGCAAAAGACAAUGUGAAGUUCAAAUAAACAACCAAAUGACCUCAAUCCUAGUGAACCUAGGUCUCCUGCCAGUACUAAGCAGAGUGCGUGUGAAUGUACUGGCGCUAGCGUGCGAGGCGGGUUGCGUGCGUGCACUAGCGGCCAACCUCAGCGUGCCCAUCGACGUGCCCUACCUCCAACACGCGUUCCAGCCCGUCUGUGAUAUGUAUUUCAAACGCCAGAACAUUCUAGAAGAAGCCCUCCAAGAGUUAACCAACAUCGCCAAACAAGUGAACCAAAGCAGGAGUCCAGAUGAGACGCAGCUGUACGCUCUCUUUUCAAUACCCGAUUCCUUAUGUCGUAUGAUUACUUGAUAUUUGUAUUGGA